GUUAGAUCAAAUGGAUAAACAUAAACUAGUGAACAAACCCAUGGUACGAAGUGUAUAGCUGGAAAUGUUUUGGGAGGCACGCUAUGAAGGCUCUCUAUAACGGGAAACGGGGUGUCCUCUGGCAGUGUCGCAUUGCCAGUGUAUCGUUCACUGUUGCAAUUUAUGAGGGAAAUGGAAGCAUAAGCUGAAGUCGUCUCAAAAGGACAAGGUUCGUCAGUUCAUGACCUUUACUCAGUCUGGGGAGAGGACAGCUGUGUACUGCCUGACCCAGAAUGACUGGAAACUAGAGGUGGCCACAGACAACUACUUCCAGAACCCCGACCUCUACUAUAAAGAAUCCAUGAAAACCUCUGUGGAUCGCAAGAAGCUAGAGCAGCUCUACAACCGCUACAAAGACCCCCAGGAUGACAAUAAGAUCGGUAUCGAUGGGAUCCAGCUGUUCUGUGAUGACCUCACCCUGGACCCGGCCAGUAGGAGUGUUCUGGUGGUGGCCUGGAAGUUCCGUGCCGCCACACAGUGUGAGUUCAGCAGGAAGGAGUUCCUCGACGGCAUGGCCGAGCUGGGCUGUGACAGUCCAGAGAAGCUGAAGGCUCUGCUCCCCAGACUAGAGCAGGAAGUCAAAGACACGGCCAAGUUUAAAGACUUCUAUCAGUUCACCUUCAACUUCGCCAAGAACCCUGGACAGAAGGGACUAGACCUGGAGAUGGCUGUAGCCUACUGGAACCUGGUUCUAACAGGUCGAUUCAAGUUCCUGGACCUCUGGAACAGGUUUCUAUUGGAGCAUCAUAAGCGGUCGAUCCCCAAAGACACGUGGAACCUGCUACUGGACUUUGGUAACAUGAUCGCAGACGACAUGUCCAACUACGACGAGGAAGGAGCUUGGCCCGUCCUCAUAGACGAUUUUGUGGAAUUUGCCCGGCCAAUCGUGACAGGGGGCAAGCGUAAAACCAUAUAGGUCAUACCCAGUUCCCAGCAGGGGCUGAGGAUUUUAUACACACCAGCCAAAAAGAGACUUCUACAAGACUGUCCAAGUUUGUGAGACUGAGCUGCCAAUCAGGGGCUGGGGAGCGACAUGACAGCCAAUCGGAGAGAAGGAAAACAACAACAGGAAGAGGAAGUUAUCUUUUUCUUUGUUUUGGGACUGAGUCACUCCGGGAGGCGGGCUGUCAGCAGGGGGUGGGAUUGUCGCGGAGCUAUGAGCUCUGCUCCCAUUGGCUGGCUGGAUCAAACUGAUCGGCCAGCGACUACAGUACCAUACACCAGCCACCAUCAGAUCAGUGGGUGUGUCUAUAGAUUCUAGAACUGGUGCUCUGGUCCCACCCCCCCACCCGGCCCCGCCCCCUCCUUACUAAAGAACGACCAGGGAGAGCAAACAGAACGGCAGAGAGGGAUGGCCGGUUUGCUCUCUGCAGCAGACCGACAGAAGGGUGUGAUAUUUGAUCCAGUGGAGGCUGCUGAGGGGAGGACGGCUCAUAAUAAUGUCUGGAAUGGAGCGAAUGGAAUGGAAACCAUGUGUUUGUAUUUGAUACCAUUCCACUGAUUCAGAUCCAGUCAUUACCACGAGCCCGUCCUCCCCUAUUAAGGUGCCACCAGCCUCCUGUGGUCUGAUCCCACAGUAGUUAGACGUGUCCUCUCUGCCGGCCCACGAUGGAUGAACUAGGAGCUUGGAGGUUCUGCAUGUUGAGCGUUAAGCGGCUGCGUGGACGGAAGAACAACAACAACUUUUUUAUUAUUAUCAUUGAGUUUCUUCUCAUCGAAUCAGAGGUGAGGGAUGUGGUCGUCAUCCAAUCCAACGCCAGUGUAAUGUUCUGCUUCCAUUUCAAUCUAACGUGUAAAAGUUGGGUCAGUUUUGUUGUUAAUAUGUGAGGUUCAGGGUCUGUAUCCACAAAGCGUUUGAGAGCAGGAGUGCUGAUCUGGGAUCAGUUUGGCCUUUUAGAUAAUAAUGAAUACCAGAGAGGACCAGAUCCUAGUGCUGAUCUGGGAUCAGUUUGGCCUUUUAGAUAAUAAUGAAUACCAGAGAGGACCAGAUCCUAGUGCUGAUCUGGGAUCAGUUUGGCCUUUUAGAUAAUAAUGAAUACUAGAGAGGACCAGAUCCUAGUGCUGAUCUGGGAUCAGUUUAGCCUUUUAGAUAAU